AUGUAUGUUAAUCCUGUAGCUUUGCUCAUUUUAUCUUUUGAUUUCAUCUUAGUUAGAAUAUUUUGCCAUGCGUUCAAAAAUUACAUGUUCAUGUGGGUGGAUUGUUUCUCCCGUUGCAACGCACGGGCAUGUUUCCUAGUGUAUAUAAUAAACCAAUCGGUUGCCCUUGGUCGUCCGUCGUGGUUGUUUUGCAAGAAAGCCCCUCAGUUUCCAGGAAAUCAACCCGCCAUCCCUGUUUUAUUACAGAAACAACCCUAUAAGAAUUUCAAUUCAGUCCACAGUCCUUUCCUUCCUCUUAUCCACUCUGCGCCGGCGGCUACGCCCAUUCCGUCGUGCGCCGGCGCCCGACCCGCCGUCGCCGGCGACCACAAGCAACGACCGUUGCACCUCUCCGCGCGCCACCCCGAGGCCCCAGCCACGUCGCGCCACCCCGAGGCCCCAGCUACGCCGCGCCACCAUCCUCCUCGACCUCGCCUCUCCGUGCGAACAAACGGCGUCGCCGCCGGCGGCCACGGCCACCAUGCUUGA